UAGGCCAAGCUUGAUACAAAUCUGGAAGCGUCAUAGUCACAGUGACAUUGUCACCGAGUAAACGCUUGCUCACGAUCAUUCCAUGGAAUUUCAAGCCACGACCACCGUGCCUUUACCAUUUCAGGACACCACGCUCGUCAUUCCAAUCGUGUCUGCCGCAAACCUUGGACAACUGGCGGUUGACCUACUUGUGUCCUCUGUCGGGAUGCAGCGUGUGGGUAUAUUCGACUCAGAAUACUUGUUUCCUGUAAUUGGAGGACGUGAGGAUGGAUUGCCUGGGAUUACGACUCCUCUGGAACUCUUUGGGAAAGAAGGGCAUCCAUUCUACCUCUUGCAGCAAAGGUCCCCUGUUAUCAAGAGUUGCAAGUCAGAAUUUAUAUCCGCCCUCAUUGACUUUGCCCAAAAGCAAAAAUUCUCCUCAGUACUCAUUCUAUCAGGGCUUGACCUGUCGCAUCGAGACGAUGCACACAUGAUUACCCCAGUAUACCACCUAUUACCAUCACACAACAGAUCACUGGCUCCAUCAUCAGGACCAAUUUCUACACUAUCAGCGCUCAUUCCUGCAUAUACGGGAAGGACUGAUCUUAAAGAUUUACAUCUACCUUCCUCGGGCAUCACGAAGCAACUGCUUCGCUCGCUCCCACCAACCGGCUUUCCUGCCACUGGUGUCAUACUUCAAUACGUCCUAGAAGGCGAUAAUCGCGAAGACGCCUACCUGAUGGCCAAUAUUGUUGGGCGUGUAUUAGGAUUGUCAGAGUUUGGUAGGCAUCUUCAAUUUUCAUGGAAAGAACCUAGUAGUUGGAAGCAAGGAUUGUUUGGAACGCCCCACGAUCAGACACUCUUUGGGUGACUUCGCCCCUAACCC